GUUCGACCAAAACCGUUGCGUUGUACGAACGUGAGGACAGACAAGUAUCUCUCCAGUAUCAUACACCUUCCCGUCUGACGAACGAGGCUCGUCCCUCCGCAAAAUGAUCCUCCAGUUCCAAAGUUUUAGCAGCGCGGUAGACCCAACCUUUUGGCAUGCGCUCUCCAGAAACAAAAUCGAAGUGUACCGUCUCGACGACGCACCAAAAGAUGUCCGAGGGUGUUAUUCAUCGAUUCAGCCCAUUACAAUAUCGAGGAGGGGUGAAGCUGGGAGUGAAGCAUCCGCUCGCCCCGUUUCCGUCGCUCGGCUGUCUGUAAGUGCGCGUUCGUUUGACGCCCAGGGCCAAGAUGACAUCACACCCGCUGCGACAUGUACCGCCCCGGGAACACUUCAAAACACAAAUACGAUAGAAGAGUUCAAGAAUCUCGACAAGAACGAGGCCUUCCAGAAUGCAGCGCGGCAGAUAUGGGAGGACAUCGUAUCUGGGCGCGCCGUGGAGGAUCCGGCGCUGCUUACUCGUUUCGUGUUGCUUACAUUUGCCGAUUUGAAGAAAUACAAGUACACGUACUGGUUUGGGUUCCCGGCAUUGCUGCCGACCGAGCCGUACCUAUUGGAUGCGGCCCCUCGGCCACUGGAUGAGGUCUUCAGCAAGCAAAAGAUCGAGGCCUUGCGUGAGCAACAUCGAGCAAAGCCCCUCAAUUUCUUUUUAGUCGGAGAUUCGGGGGAUAGUGGCGAUGACAUCAAAUUAUACGAGUUGAAGGAAUGGGAACGGGUCAAUGCUGGACAAGCGAAUCCAGUCGUCGGCUUUGUAGAUCCGUCUGGGCUCACGGACAAUCCUGGUUGGCCCUUGCGGAACUUUCUUCUACUGCUCACCCAGCGUUGGAAAGUGAAGAAAGUAACCGUCAUUUGUUAUCGCGAAGGCCUCCGGUCCAGCCUCGAGUUGAACUCUAUCGUAUGCGACAUCACGAUUCCGCCUAGCAGCCUUGACGCAGAUCCAAAUGUUACACCCAAAUCAGUCGGAUGGGAGAAGAACCCCGCCGGAAAGCUAGGGCCACGCAUCGCCGACCUCGCGCCGCUGAUGGAUCCCGCCAAGCUAGCUGACACGGCCGUAGAUCUCAAUCUCAAACUGAUGAGAUGGCGCAUCCUUCCCACACUCCAGCUGGAGAAGAUAUCCGUCACCAAGUGCCUCUUGCUCGGCUCUGGGACACUGGGAUGCCAUGUUGCAAGAUGUUUGAUGGCGUGGGGCGUUCGCACCAUCACGUUUGUGGAUAACGGCAAGGUAUCAUUCUCGAAUCCUGUGAGACAGCCGCUCUUCGAGUUUGCGGACUGCUUGGAUGGCGGAAAGACCAAAGCGGUGGCCGCCGCUGACAAUCUGAAGAAAGUGUUCCCGGGAGUGAAUGCGAGUGCGCAUAGCUUCAAUAUCCCUAUGCCGGGUCACUACCACCCGGCGUCAUCACCAAGCGCUGGCGCAGAUGGUGGUGGUCAGGACCCAGGACGAGCUGCGCUCGUGAAGGACAUUGAGAUUCUCCGGGACCUCAUUGCAUCCCACGACGCCAUCUUCCUCCUCACCGACAGCCGUGAGAGCCGCUGGCUGCCAACACUUCUCGCCUCAAGCAUGAACAAAAUCGUCAUAAACGCCGCCCUAGGCUUCGACACAUUCAUGGUCAUGCGCCACGGCGUGCGCGUCUCUGCCAAGUCCCCAACCCCUUCCCCAACAACAACCCUAAUAAACACCCCCCUAAGCGACACUACCCCACCACCCCACCUCGGCUGCUACUUCUGCACCGAUGUCGUCGGCCCCACCGACUCCCUCCACGACCGCACGCUCGACCAACAAUGCACCGUCACCCGCCCCGGAAUCUCCUCCCUCGCCUCGUCCACCGCCGUCGAACUGCUCGUCUCCCUCCUCAACCACCCUCUAGGCGCUGCUUGCCCAGCGCCGCCACCCCCGACAUCUUCCUCCGCCCACCCGAUCAACGAUACCUCCACGGACGACCUCACCCGUACGCCGCUGGGUACGACCCCGCAUCAACUCCGCGGAUUCUUGUCACAUUUCGCGAUCCUGCCGUUUGUGUCGCAGGCGUUUGACAAUUGUCCUGCGUGCUCGGCGCGGGUGUUGGGAGCGUAUGCGAAAGAGGGGGUGGAGUUUGUGGUGAAGGCGGUGCAGGACCCCGCGUAUUUAGAGAGGGUAGCGGGGUUGGAGGAGCUGAGGAAUGCGGCGGAGGCGGAUGUGGAAGGGGUGGACUGGGAUGUGGAGGGGGAGGAUGAUGAUGGUGAGGAGUUGCUGUGAACUGUUAGCGGUUUUUGGUGAGUUUGUGUUGAUGAAGGUCUUGCUUUUUUGAGGGGUGGCAGGCGGACGGCGCGAUAUGUGCGGGAUGGGGAAAUUGUGUGUUGUUCUGUGAAUGUAUUGACAACGUUUGUACUGUAUAUAGUCGAUGUUCGGGAAGUUCUUGUUGAUGAUACAUAUGUAGUACGAGAUAGUCCAACAAUCCGGUGUGAGGUGUUAACACAAAUACAAUAUGAUUCAGACCCGAAAUACAGUCU